CGUGGGGAGCGGCGGCGGCGGCGCGAGAUGAGGAGCGGCGGCGGCCGCCGGCAGUGAAUGGGCGUCGCGGCGGAGCGGGACGAGCCGCAGGCGCAGCCGGGGCCGGGGCCGGGGCCGGAGCCGCGAUGGCUCAGGAGAAAAUGGAGCUGGACCUGGAGCUGCCGCCGGGGAGCGCCGCGGCCCCGAGCGACGGGGGCGGCCUGAGGAGAUCCAACAGCGCCCCCCUCAUCCACGGGCUCAGUGAUAAUUCACAGGUGUUCCAGGCUAACGUGUUGCGAACCCGCAGGAACAGUACCACAGUUAUGAAUCGUCACAGUCUGUUUGUGCCAUCAUCUCCUAUACGUAUUCCUAGCAGCCGUCUUCAUCAAAUCAAACAGGAAGAAGGAAUGAAUUUGAUGAACAGAGAAACAGUACAUGAAAGGGAAGUGCAAGUAGCAAUGCAGAUGAGCCAGUCAUGGGAGGAGAGCUUGAGCCUGAGUGACAAUGAUUUUGAAAAAUCAUCAUCACCAAAGCAAGUAGACUUUGUCCCAGUCUCUCCAGCUCCUUCACCUACCAGAGGAAUAGGGAAGCAAUGUUUCUCACCAUCUUUGCAAAGUUUGGUUAGUAGCAGUGGAUUACCUCCAAGUCCUAGCCCAAGUCCAACACGGAGAUUUUCAAGCAGGAGAAGCCAGAGUCCAAUUAACUGCAUUCGACCAAGUGUUCUUGGGUCAAUAAAAAGAAAAGGGGUAACAGAGAUGGAAGAUCAUCCAAAAAGACUAUUCCAAGGAUCCAUGAACGUGCUUACUCCUGAAAUUUCACAUCACACGGACAGUGUGGGAUGUUUGUCGUCACAUGCUCUUGAUGACAAUAGAAGCAGUGCAGGCUCUUCUUGCGACUCGCCAGCUGAAGUUAGCGCCAACACAGACUCUCCAGUCUCACUGUCUGACUCCAGAUCUCCAUUUUUACCAGUAGACCUUACAGCUAAGUUACCUAUCGAUUGAGAAGCACAAGUCUGCUAAUGGGACACCAAUCAACAGGCUGGAUAUCAAUAAGACUUUCUCUUGUGUGUAACUGAGUCUUUUAUGUGAUUCUGUUCCUCAUAGGAACUUCCAGAAAUGUCAUUAUUUCUAGACAACUUCCAGAAUAGUUCCUUGAGGAGGAAUUCACGUUUCUAGUGAUUUGUAUGACAUUUACUAACAGUACAGUAAGCAUUUGAAUUGCAAACAUAUCUGAUGCUAACAUGAGUGUACAAGCUACGGAUUUCUCACGGAUAUAUUCUUGUUGGUGUAAGUUACAAAUACUGUAUAUACCUUCUGCUUGUGGACGUUGGCUUUCCAACAGCCAAAAGGUGGUGUCCUCACUAACAGAAAGCGGUGCUCUAUGUGGUAAAAGAAAACUUCCACGUUUGUCCUCUGUCUUAAACCAAUGAAGCAGCUUACUUAAUUUGUUUUUAUUCCUGGAGUGUUAGGUAUUUAUAAUUUUUGUUUUCAUGUGGAAGAGAGAAUAGUGAGGGGGAAAAAGAAGUGACUCUUGCGUUCUGAUUGACUGUUAAUCAGUUCUGUGUUCUAAUUAGAUACCAAAAGAACAAGUUGGUGAAUCAUCAUCUUAAAUUUACAUGUUGGAUUUUACUCAUGAUCAUGACUGCUGUUGUGACUAAAUCCAAAGUUAGUGUGGAACCUUCUGGGGUUUUGUACUUUUCUUCUUCCCCAUUUAGAUGAUGUGUUAGAGUGGUAGAUGCUCUGUUAAUCUUUUAAUGGGGAAAAAUAGUAAUAAUGUUUGGAACAAAACAUUAAAUUGUGAGAUUUUAGUAUCUAAUACUUCAGAAGUACAUUAUUUUAACAGAUAGUGUUUGUCCUCGUAUAUGACUUUUGAUGGACAGAAAUAAUGAGGGACCACGAAUGCUUUUAUACAGGCUGAGGUGAUCAAACCUGCCUAAUCAGUAUUUAAUCUCCUGAUGUCACUUUCCCCCAAAUAUUGACAUCAAGUUACUUCUGCUGUUGUGACAUUCAGAUGCUCAUUGAAAGUCUAGAAUUCAGUAAUCUGAUGUGUUUCAGGAUUCUUAUACUGUUUGAAAAGUCAGUAGGUUGAGGCAUCCUUAUUUCAACUCUGAAAUUCCCCAAACAAGAGGACAAAUCUGCAAACCAUCAUAGAGAGCUGUUUCAAAUUUUCCAGUGGCAACCUCAUUUUUGGUUGUUGACUCCUGUUAUGCAAUUGAACUUCCCCAGCUGGGUCCCCCCUUUGUAUGUGUGUAUGCGUCUUUACUCUGUGGUUUUAAGCCUUCUCUCCAGAGAAGUCAAUAAUGAAGCAAAAUGUUUUGCUUUUAAACACUAAAUCUUUGUAACGUGUAAUAAAAUGAGAAAAGUUUGGAAACUUCCUCAAGUAGGAGAGAAGCCCACUCUGAACUCUGCUGUGAUUCACGUGGGUGAAGCUUUGAUUGAAAGCAGCCAUAAAAGUAGAAAUGGAUGACAGCAUGAAGACCUGGUGAUCUGAGGACCAACAACCAGUUAUCCUUAUUGUAGAAAGAAAAUAGAACCUAUUUAAUAGUUUUACUCAGUUCAAUCAAGGUAUGUCAUAGUUUACUGCUGACUUCAUUCCUCUUAAAUUAUUGCAAUAGUCAACUUCCUGGUUGCAGAUUCUUUUUUUUUUUUUUUUUUUCAGUUCAGACUGCCCUUUGUCCCUGUGGCCGAUGGACAAACUUGUCUUUAAUGUCUGUUUGCUUGUCAUCUAAUAUGGCAUGGUUUCCUUUUGCAGUUUCAGAUAUGUGCCAAAGAGUUGCUGUGCAUUCACCCUUUUGUGGUGAGGGCAAGACUGUUGGUUUUUUUUUUUUUUUUAAAUCUUGCUUAUUUCUUAAGAAUGAGCCUCUUGGUGUCUGUCCCAGUCUUUUAAAAAAAGAUGCAUCAAUAGAGGGUUUUAAUAGUUGCAUGUGGGUCAACUUGUCUUUUUUCUGUUGAAUAUUUAUGCUAUUUUUCAAAUAAGUGCCAAUAAACGGAAACAUAAAUGUU